GAUAGUUCACCAGGCAGAGUUCACUCGACUUCAGAGCAAGUGGACAGUAACUUUUUCCUUUUCUCUUUAACUCCUGAAGUCUCUGCCCUCUUCAUUGCUCUGAUUGCCCCAAUUACUACUAACAGAAUGGAAUAGGUUAAGAGAUCGAGAUUAAGGGUCGGUGUCGUAGAGGAUCGAUCAAACCAGAGCCUUGUUUUCUCUGUGGAGCUGUGGAUUGGCAUGUCUUCCUUCAGCCGUGACAGUGAAAGUGAUCAGUGUGGCUCUACAGAGGACUUGACUGGUGCAGGUGGUCAGCCGGACGGAGCUGAGUCUCCCGCUCAGCCCAGUGGAGCUGUCAUGCUGCCCAAAGGCGACACGGAAUCUCUAGUACUCGUUCGAUCGCAUGGAGAACAGGGACACAUGCCAAGAAAUAUGCAAGCCCCCCACUAUAAAAUGAUGGACUACUCAUAUGAUGAAGACUUGGAUGAGAUGUGUCCGGUGUGUGGAGACAAGGUUUCUGGAUACCAUUACGGGCUCCUCACAUGCGAAAGCUGCAAGGGCUUCUUCAAGCGCACGGUUCAGAACAACAAACGGUACACAUGCAUAGAGAACCAGACAUGUGCCAUCGACAAGACACAAAGAAAACGCUGCCCUUAUUGCCGCUUCCAGAAGUGCCUCACUGUUGGCAUGAAGCUGGAAGCUGUGAGGGCGGACCGCAUGCGUGGCGGCCGCAACAAGUUCGGCCCCAUGUACAAGCGCGACCGGGCCCUCAAGCAGCAGAAGAAAGCGCUGAUCCGCGCCAACGGCCUGAAGAUAGAGUCCAUGACCCAGGUGAUGCAGGCGGUGCCCACCGACCUCACCAUCUCCUCGGCCAUCCAGAACAUCCACCAGGCCGCCUCCAAGGGCCUGCCGCUCAGCCACCACGGCCUCCCGCACCACGCCGCCCUGCCCCACACAGACUACGAUCGCAGCCCCUUUGUGACGUCUCCCAUCAGCAUGGCCAUGCCCCCCCACACUGGUUCCCUCCAGGGCUACCAGGCGGCCUACGGCCACUUCCAGAGCACCCGCACCAUCAAGUCCGAGUACCCAGACCCGUACAGCAGCUCGCCCGAGUCCAUCAUGGGUUACAACCCGUACAUGGACGUGUACCAGACGGGCUCGCCGCCCAGCUUCCCACACCUCAUCGUGGAGCUGCUGAAGUGCGAACCUGACGAGCCCCAGGUGCAGACCAAGAUCCUGGCCUACCUGCAGCAGGAGCAGGCCAGCCGGGGGAAACACGACAAACUCAACACGUUCGGCCUUAUGUGCAAGAUGGCCGACCAGACGCUGUUCUCCAUCGUGGAGUGGGCCCGGAGCAGCAUCUUCUUCCGCGAGCUCAAGGUGGACGACCAAAUGAAGCUCCUCCAGAACUGUUGGAGCGAGCUCCUCAUCCUCGACCACAUUUUCCGUCAGGUGAUGCACGCCAAAGAGGGCUCCAUCCUAUUGGUCACCGGCCAACAGGUGGAUUAUGCUGUAAUUGCCUCCCAAGCCGGAGCUUCUCUAAACAACCUGAUGAGCCACGCUCAGGAGCUGGUGGGCAAGCUGCGCUCCCUGCAGCUGGACCAGAGGGAGUUCGUCUGCCUCAAGUUCCUUGUUCUGUUCAGCUUGGACGUGAAGAACCUGGAGAACUUCCACCUGGUGGAGAGCGUCCAGGAACAAGUGAACGCGGUGCUGCUGGACUACGUCAUGUGCAACUACCCCCAGCAGACAGACAGGUUUGGCCAGCUGCUCCUGCGGCUGCCUGAGAUCCGGGCCAUCAGCCUCCAGGCCGAGGAGUACCUGUACUACAAGCACCUGAACGGAGACGUGCCCUGCAACAACCUGCUCAUCGAGAUGCUACACGCCAAGAGAGCCUGAUGAGACUGCAGAUGGGAUCCUGAUCAUUUGGCUGAAACCGACUCAGAACUCUGUUUUGUUGGUUGAGACCCAAGUCCUUGCCUGCAGAACAGAAACCGACCCAGAACAGACCCAGAACCCCGACCCAGAACCUCCCAUGUUGAAGUUAGACUUUGUGAUUCUGGGGCAGGAGGCAUCCGUUCUUCUCAUUUAUCGUAACGAUCAACCAUCCUGGCACUCACACACAGGCAAAAGAACAUGCAGAAAUGGACACCCACACUUACACAUGCUGUGCACACACAUACGCGUGCGCAUACACACGAACACACACAUACAAACACAUUUAGGCACUCACACACACACACAUACACACACAAAUAUACACACAUUAAGGCACACACUCACACGUUCAAAUUCAUACAAUAUGCAUAUAUAUUACACACACAUCUCUUCACUCUAAGACAGAUGCUUCUGGAGCUCUGGGUAAAGCUUCCAAAGAUGGCGAGAAACAGCUGAAAUUCUUGAGAACUGUCCAUUCGUCUCAUGGGACAUGGACGAUACCUUUUUGUCCGCUUUGAAUAAAAAUACAAACAAUCAAGGUGAUACAAGGACCAACGGACCGUAACUGAAGGAACAAAACCAAUGAGUAUUGUAAAAACCUCUCCCACUGUUAACCUCUCUAGGGUAUGUGGGACGCUAGUGUCCCAUCUGGCCAACAUCCAGUGAGGUUGCAGAAAACUACAAAACCAACAAAAACAACUACUUCCUGAAUGGAUUUUUCUCAGGUUUUCGCCUGCUAAAUCAGUUAUAUUAUACUCAGAGAAACUAUUUUAACAGUUUUGGAAACUUUAGAGUGUUUUCUAUCCAAAUCUACCAGUUAUAUGCAUAUCAUAUCUUCUGGGCCCGAGUAGCAGGCCGUUUAAUUUGGGCAUGCUUUUCAUCCAAAAUUCCAAAUGCUGCCCCCUACCCUAGAGGGGUUAAAGGGUUUUGAGCAACGAAGAGAGAGAGAGAGAGAUCCAACCACCUUAUGAUCACGGACCCUAUGAUGUCUGUGGUGAGGUCAGUCUGCAAUGCUAAUAGGCCAGACAGACAGACAGCAAUAGGAAACAGCUGAAAAGGUCAGACCCUGACAGAGACUCAUAUGACGGUCAGUAAGUCAUUUUUGAUCCCUCGUACAAAAAUAAUUAUAUAUAUAUAUAUAUAUAUAUAUAUAUAUAAAAUUUUAAAAAACACACAACGAACAAAAUGUAUGAAAACUUUGAUGGAACAAAAAAAGAUAAGAUUUAAAAAACAACAUUUUAGUAAAUGGCAGUUAUUUCCUCCUCUUGGUCAUUGAUGCUCCUCAUUGUAACCACCUUGUAAUCUCCCCCCAACCUUCCCAAAACGGUUCUUUACAUAAGUAAAACACAUUUUACACACCAUAGAUAAGUAAUUAGAAAAUAAUCUUAUGCCCCCCCCCCCCCCUUAUGCCCCCCCCCCAGGAGGAGAAACUCUACCUUUAGUCUGAACAGACCAAAGCUUGCUGCAGAACAUCAAACAAAAAUGUAACGAAACCUUAACUAUCAGUAUUAUAAAUUUGUGAUGUCACAGUCAUGUGAGUCUUGCCUUAUUUCAUUACCAUGCUAGCUAACCGUGCAGAUGUGAAUGAAAUUAUGUACAAAUAUAUAUAUAAAGUAUUAAUGUUAUAUACAUUUUUUUUUAAAUUCAAUCAUUCAAGAGUUGUUUACGUUCAAGCUGUCCCGUGGAAGUGAACUGUGAGGAAGAAAAUUGCAAAACAAUGAUUUACAGAAAAAAACAAAAAAACACAAAAUAGAUUCUGGUUCUGCUUUCUUAGGUGUGUACAGUGUUAUACCGUUUUGUUCUUUGUUUCUUUACCCAGUACUUGAUUAUGUUGUGAGACACACAAAAUCAGAAAGGAAUCUCACUUAAAAUCUCUCAUUCUAAUUGGUUGUUUUCUGUUGACAUUCAAAUGUUUUUGCGUAUUGUGUAAGAGUUUCGGACACUUGUUUUUUGUAGAACUUUUCUAAAUUAUUUUUCAAUGUUCUACCUUUCGGUAUAUGUCACUGGUUACACUUAAAAAAUGAAAAUAACUUAUUGCAUCUUGGUUUUGUCCUUUUGUGUGUUAUAAGCACAAGGCGACAAAUCCAAACAUAUUUGUUUAGUGUUGCAUGUUUUUUUUAAUUUUUUUAAAACUUAUUAUAGAUGCAGUUCAGGAACAAAACAAUGAUCUUCAUAAUGAUCUCCGUAAUUUAGUUUUUAUUAAUUGUCUAUAGGAGUCUGAGCUUUAAAUUAGAAAAAAAAAUACACUCCUCUCCAAAUGUAUUUGGACAGUGAAGCGAAAAUGUAAAAUGUGUCUUUUUACUCCAUCAUUCUUUAAUACUAAAACAAUUUGCAGAGAAAUAUAUUUUGUCUAACAUUUUAAAAAAAACAUUCUUUAACCAAAAAUAGGGGUCAAAAUGAUCUUGAUCAAAAGAUGCCAAUAAUUAUGGACCUGACUGUAUGAAAAUACUCUCUCAAAAAAAAAGCUGACUGUUCUGUCGACCUUAUAAUGAAACAUUUGAUCUAAAAUCUAAAAGGCUGGAGUAUUGAGCCAAAUUUUUAAAAUGUAGCUUCAUUGUCUCAAUUAAUAUUUAGGGGAGUGUAAUUAUUGUAUUUAAGUUAAUGGGUAUGACUGACACUGUACACUGCAUCAGUUGUUUCGUGUUGUAUUUCAACUAGCUUCACAUUUCAGUGGCGUUUGUUCUAUACCAAAGACGGCACUGGUCCCGUGAGCUGUGCUUACCUGUGAUGUGUUGUAACUGAACGCACAGCUUUCUCCCCCAGCCGUCCAUAAGUUUGAGCCGUGGUUACCUGUGAUGUGUUGUAACUGAACGCACAAACAGCUUUCUCCCCCAGCUGUCCAGAAGUUUGAGCCGUGGUUACCUGUGAUGUGUCGUAACUGAACAAACAGCCCCCCCCCCCCCCAGCCUUCCUGAAGUUUGGCAUUUUGUAAUGUCAGUUUGUAGAAUUAUAUUGAUGUUGUCUUAUACACUUUUACCAAACACUGACUUCAUAAGGCCCCCAAUCAUUAGUGAUACACAUAAACCUGUCAAGUAUAUACUGUAUAUGAUCGUCUGCAUUUAAGUCAUCGAUGUCAAAAUCUAUCAAGUCUUUUUAACGAUGCACUAUGGUGAAAAACAAAAACACUGAUAUUGAAAAAUAACGCUCAAAUAUACAUUUAUGUUUCAAUGUUUUUCGUUUUUUGUAUUUGUUUUGGCAUGAAUCUGCUUCCAUAAUUAACUGUGUGUAUUGAUUGACAAUCUCUAUCAGUCCCUUCUCAUUCUGUGUGUUCUGGUAAAGUUCUGCAGAUGCCUUGGAUGUCCUCAAACACACGCACCACUCCUGAACGUGCUGACCCUCUUCUUGUCUAUGAACCCCCCCCCCUUCCUCCCAUCGCUGUCAUACUGCCACCCUUUCAUGUCACUUCCUGUUCUGGGGAGUUCUUUCAAAGCUGAUGGACUGUCUCCUCAUAUUUCAAUAAAUAAUGACAUGCCAACAACGCCUUGUUGCCGCUUCCUGUAGGUGACUCUCUCUCUCAUCAAUUCAUAUUUUUUUUUUUACACACAGUAAUGUUAUUUCAAUCAGAAUGCACCAUGGUUGAUUUGCUGGGGAAGUGUUUAGUUGUAUUCUCAGUCAUUUUAAAGAAACAUGCACCGUUGUGUACGAUGAAAAAACUUUUUUAACAGUGAAGAGUACAGUAUGUAUAUUUUCAAACCAAUCAUUUGAAGUCUUAAUUUCAACACACUACUUGGUAAAAUAAAAUAAAAUGCAGUCA